UCCAUGCCGGUGCGUGGUGGUCGUCAUGGACCUUCACGUGGAUUGUCUCGUGGUGGUCGUGGCUCUAGUCGUCCUAAUGCUUCACCGGUUGGAGAUUCCUCGGGAGUCUACUGUUUUCGAUGUGGUCACCCCUACCACAAAGCAAACAAUUGUUUCGCUCCAGACUCUAUUAUAGCUGAUACAACUCAGGCCUUCACCGCCAUGCAUCUCGCUGAUCAAAUUGAUCAUGCAUGGUACCCAGACACGGGCGCCACAAACCACAUGACAGCUGACCCAACUCAAGUUGAAGGAUCUGAGGAGCGGCCGGAUUCUAUUGAAGGGUUCUAAACAUGGAGGGCUGUAUCCCAUUGGAGUCGCUCCGUCUAAGUCUGCCUUUUCCUCUGCUUUGCUUGCUAAUAAGAUGGACUCAAUGACAUGGCAUGCCCGUUUAGGGCACCCUAGCUUUUCUUCUAUGAAUCAAUUGUCCUCUGUUUUAAAUUAUUCUACUCGUUGUAAUAAAGUUUGUUGUCAUAGUUGUAAACUUGGCAAAUCUUCCAAAAUUCCCUUCACUCGUCGUACAAAUUAUACGGAUCAGAUUUUGCACACAUUACAUAGUGACGUGUGGGGACCUGCUCCCUCUCCAUCAAUAGAAGGUUUUCGGUUCUACUUGAUCAUUGUUGAUGAAUGUUCACGAUUCUCUUGGUACUUUCCUUUACGUCGAAAAUCAGAAGUACCAUCCAUAUUUAUUCAAUUUAUAACUUUGAUGCAAAAUCAACUCAAUAGUCGU